AUGAAAAUUCAGAAGAACCCGUUAUCAGAAUUGGGGAAAGCGUAUUCGAAUGCCGAUACGUUCACAGCCACCAACACACACACACCCACACACUCACCCUCACACUCACCCACGCACUCACCAAAGAGAACUUCUUCACGGCAAAUGCUCAAUAACGCGCUCAGCCUAGCGAACACAGCUGUGAAUUUGGACAAGGACAACGAUUUCUACAACGCCCUAUCCGCCUAUAAGCAGGCAAUGGCUUUGCUUGAGUGUGUCAUGCAUCGUGUCGAUUCUGAGAACAAAUCAGAGUUCGAGCAGCACAAUCCAACGCAUAGGCGACUAGAGGAGGCGCGCAGACUGAAAAUUAUCCACGAGACUUACAAAGACAGGAUAAGGCUGCUAGAGGUCUUGUUAGAUACUAGGGGCAAUGCCGUAAACGGCGCAGACAACGUAGACAACGCAGAUACCACUGAUACCACUCAUGACGCCAUUGAUGGGCGUAAUACACGCGAUUUGGAUGCCUCACAGCACUCAGCCUCCCCACAGCAACCACUGUCUAAUUCCACAGCCUCGUCGUGUCUCUCCACAACCUACCACCAGCAGCCACAGCCACAGUCACGCAAGGCGAGCCAUGCUACCACGCCCUCCAUCUCUAUUCAGCCUGGCUCACCGCUGGAUGCGGGUGGUGCAGGUGACGGAGGUGAUCAGCGUGCGUAUCCGGGUUAUCCGGGUUAUCCAGUACACCACACAAACCCACACCCACACAAAUCAGAUUCCAACCAAACACUCACCGAAUCACCUCAAAGACCGCCAAUGAACAGAUCGAGGUCGUCGUCGACCAACUCGUCGUACAAACUGCCGACGCGGAUAUCUUCAAUGGCUUCUCUCAGCGAGAAACAGAUGGUGCCUAUCAUAAACCCCUCUGUGGGGGAGGGCAGCCUCAUUCAGCGCAGACAGCAAGCUGGCAGGGGUAAUGACACUGAGGCGUUCGAGACUGAGACGCGCAAGGCGUUCAAAUUGGACCUUGGUGGUUUAAAUGGCGCUAACAUUGCUAACAUUGCUAACACUGCUAACACUGCAACUCCUACAUCUAACACUGCACCACGACUGAGAGCUGUUUCUCAACCAGACAGAAAACCAUCCGCGGCGACUUCAGCGAGUGCAAUUGCAAUCCCAUCCCACCCACAGCCUCCGGCGAUCAACAGUCUCCCGCUACUCAAAACACUCUCCAACAACCUAUACCCCACAUCAGAGCCCAUCAUACCAGACCCGCCGUCUCGCGGCAAACCAAGUUUCGAGUGCUACCACAUAGACCCGACGCGGCGGCCAUUCCAACUUAUGAAGCUCCUCGCUAAGUCGAUCCGGGAAGGAGCGUACAUAUCGCCACGCCUGUACGUCUCGCCUCAGAUCUGGCUGGACAGUCGCAAUGUAGUGAAACUGCAUCACAUAGAAGUGAAAGUAAAGUCACUCGAGACGGUGCUCGACGGUCUACACGAUGUAUAUAGUACAGGCAAGCGAUUCGUGAGUGCGCAGGUAGAGGACGAGGUGUUCCUAAGCGCGCUGAGUGAGUUGAACCGACUACUGGACGAUGUGAGCGUACAGCUUGCGAAGAAACUAGACCUGCAACCCGCGCACAACCUCUCACCAACGGCACCAGCAGGCAAGUCGUACACGUGGACGAGCAAGCUGUCGCGCUCGCUAGGUAAAUCCAAAGCGGGCGGCAGCGGACGUAAAUCGGAGGAGGGAUGGCUAUAUGCCUAUGUUGACCUCCUCAAUAAAGUCUUCGUUACCGCACAGGUCCUCGAUGUACAUUGGGGUUACCUCCGCAACGACGAACUCGGGCUGUAUACUGAUUCCACACCCGAAAUUAGAUCUUCGGUUGCUAAAUGCCUCCGUCAUGCUUCUGAGUGCCUCGCUAACUCAGUUUGUAAAUUUGUACUCGCGGAUUUGGACACACUGAUUGGGAAAUGGACAAAGCGGGCACAUGGAGUGGAUUAG